AUGCGACAGAAAACAUCCGGAAUCCUACCUCGGAACUUAUUCUCUCCCAGAAGGACCACCGGCGGCUGCGACAGCGCGAAGGACUCUUUGGGUAUCGUCCCCGAAAGUUGGUUCCUCCUCAGGUUCAAAAUGAUCAACUCCGGGCUCCCCGACAGCUCCGGCGAGAUGCCCCCUGUGAGGAGGUUAUCCUCGAGGAUCAGGUACUUGAGAUUCCUCAUACUGGAGCCCCGCGGAAGGAUGCUCCCUCCCAGCUUAUUGUGGCCCAGGUUCAGGUGCCUGAUCCUGGAGCCGUUGGCGGUGAGGCCGGCGGGGAUCUCUCCGGCGAGCUGGUUGUAGGAGACGUCCAGCACGCCCACAUAUCUCAACUGGGCGAACGAGUCCAUGCUUCCUCGGAAGGCGUUCCUGGAGAAGUUCACGUGGUAGAGCUGGGGGAGAAGAGAGCUCAUGUUUUCCGGCAGGGGGCCCCUGAUGCUGUUCUCGGACAGAUCGAGUAGGGAGAGGCGGCGUUCUGUGCCGCCGGCCAGCUUGGGGAUCGGCCCGGUGAAUUUGUUCCCGCCCAGAUAAAGAUACUCCCCGGCGUUGUCGAACAGCCACGCCGGAAGCUCACCCCUGAUCGAGGUCCUCGACAAAUCCAGAACCUGGAGGUUCUUCUGCGUGGACAGAAAGGUUGGAAGGACCCUGCCGCUGCGGCGGUUUAGAGCGCACCCGCCUAACAGUAAGCCAUUCAGCUGGAAAGACGGGACCCAGGGGGGGCUCUCGGUCUCCACCUCGAGCCCGGGGUUGGCAGAGAGAUCGACUCCGGUGAGGUUGCGGAGGCCGGCGAUAGAGGAGAAGAAGAACACGCCGGCCAGUCGGUUGCCUCCAAGGCUGAUGACCUUUAUAGAGGAUGCAUUCUGGAAGGAGGGAAUCUCUCCGGUGAGGUGGUUGCUCUGGAGGUAAAUUUCUUCCAUGGCCGGCAUGGCGGCGAUGCAGGGAUCGAUAGUGCCUUCGAUCUUGUUCACUUCCAGAUGAAGGGAGGUCAAACUCUUCAUGGUGCAGAAACCUGCGGCAUCGGAAGGGUGCAUUCAUCGGUAAAUGCCAGACGUUGAAAAAUAUUGUGCUGAUUAAAAUUAGAGGAAAUAUGUAGGCUUACAUUUCCUCAAUUUUUAAAAUUAUUAUUCUAAUUUUGACUGAUACAAAAGUCAACGAAUAGAGAUGGGCCCGUGCUUGGAUAGCUGGAUAAUUUCAAGAUUUUCCUCGUGUUAGUGAAAAUUAGAUUCAAUUAUUUCGAAUUAUAAUAAUAUUUUGAUUAAGAACUUCGUGAAGAUGGUCUAAAUAUUGAUGAUGUCAGAAUACUUUUAAUAUAUCUAAUUAUUAUAUUGAAAUAAGACCAAAAAGGAGCCAAUUCCAAUUCCCGAGUAAUAAAGAAUUGAGAGAUAUUAACAUUUCGAGGAUAUGAGCUGAAGAGGCGGCAGGAUACCUUUGAUCAGUGAGGAGCUCCUCAGUUUAUUGAAUGACAGUUGGACUUCGCCAACCGAGGGAAGGCGAAAGAUCCAAGACACGCCCUCGUCAGUCAACUCGUUUUCGCUCAGGUCAACGCUUUGGAUAUCUCGAAGGCCCGACAUCCCUACGCAAGAGAUUCCGACGAGAUUGACUCAAUUCUCUCCCACUAAGAAGUUAGAAACACCAAGAGCGAGAGAGAGAGAGAGAGAGAUUGUUAUCUACCUUCAGGUCGAGACCAUCCACUGA